AUAAGUAAUUUCCCAGCCUGCACCUCUUCCUCGGUUCUUUGUGAGCCACCGCUCUCUGUCGCUCCGUACCGCACCAAUCCUCUUCCGCUGCAAUGGCCAGACCCCGUGUCUUCUUCGACAUCUCCGCAGGCGGAGCUCCGGUUGGACGCGUCGUGAUCGAGCUCCGCAAUGACGUGGUGCCGAAGACAGCCGAGAACUUCCGGGCCCUCUGCACUGGAGAGAAGGGCUUCGGCUACAAGGGCUCCACCUUCCACCGAGUCAUCCCGGACUUCAUGUGCCAGGGUGGCGACUUCACCAACCACAACGGAACUGGGGGCAAGUCCAUCUACGGCAACAAGUUCGAGGAUGAGAACUUCACCCUGAAGCACACCGGGCCUGGAAUCCUGUCCAUGGCCAACGCUGGCCCCAACACCAACGGCUCGCAGUUCUUCAUCUGCACUGUCAAGACCACGUGGCUGGACGGGAAGCACGUGGUGUUCGGCAGCGUGGUGGAGGGCAUGGACGUCAUCAAGAAGGUGGAGAGUUACGGUACUUCCAGUGGGAAGACCUCAAAGCGAAUUGAGAUCGCCGACUGUGGUCAGCUGUGAUGAGUGACACGCCUCCCCUCCCCUUACUCCAGUCUACAUUCCUGAUGUUGGAGCUCCGCCCCUUUUGUAUUCUGUUUCUGCAUCUGACUUCAGUUUCUGUUGCAUUAACUGCCCAAACGUUUCGUUGAGUCAAGAGAUGAAUAAACAUAAAGUUGCCUUCA